ACGAGGAAAAGAGGGCCCCACAGCGAUCACCAGAACUGAUCACGCCACCACUCAGUUGAUCUUCUGGGGCGGAAUAAUUUUCGAAGUUGUAGCCUAUCAUCAGAAGCCCGGAGCUAGCUUGGUCUUUUGAUUAGCAGUUUCUGAGGUUUAAACUUCAAAGUCCAAAGAAUUUCUCUGCAAUCUUCAAAGCAAAAGAAAUAAGAGAAAGAUGAAUGAUAAACAGCGAUCUAUUCUCCUCGACAUCUCAUCUCGCUUCUCACCUCCACAAGGUGUGAAGCUGUCAUACGGAACAUCGGGGUUCAGAGCCGACGCAUCAUUGCUAGAAUCAACGGUGUACAGAGUUGGAUUAUUGGCAGCGCUGAGGUCACUCAAAACCAGGGCAGUCAUUGGACUUAUGAUCACCGCAUCACACAAUAAAAUUUCUGAUAAUGGAAUCAAAGUAGCAGACCCCAGUGGUGGAAUGUUGACUCAGGAUUGGGAACCAUUUGCUGAGUCACUUGCCAAUGCACCUGAUUCCUAUACCCUGGUUGAGAUUUUAGAUGAUUUUGUUAAGAAGGAAAAAAUUGCACUUGAUGGAGAAUGGGCAGCAGAGGUUUUCUUGGGAAGAGAUACAAGGCCUAGUGGAGUGUCUCUCCUUGAAGCUGCAAAACAAGGGGUUGCUUCUAUUGUCAAAGCCAAUGCCAAGGACAUGGGAGUUCUAACGACACCACAACUGCAUUGGAUGGUUCGUGCUAGAAACAAGGGCCUGGAAGCAUCUGAGCAUAAUUACUUUGACCAGCUCUCAAGCUCUUUCAGGUGCUUGCUGGAAUUGAUCCCUCAAGGCAGUAGAAUCGUUGGUACUAAUGACAAACUGAUUGUGGAUGGAGCGGAUGGUAUUGGUGGAGAAAAACUUGAAAGUCUGAAAGGGCUGUUAAAUGGCUUGUGUGUAGAAGUUCGUAAUUCUGGUAAUGGUGUACUUAAUGAAGGUGUUGGUGCUGACUAUGUGCAGAAAGAGAAGGUCGUGCCUCGUGGAUUUGGUCCUGCUGAUGUUGGAAUCAGGUGCGCUAGUUUCGAUGGAGAUGCUGAUCGGCUUGUGUAUUUCUUAGUUCAACCAAAUAGUAACAAAAUUGAACUUGUUGACGGUGACAAGAUAAUGGCUUUAUUUGCUUUAUUCCUUGAAGAACAAUUAAGUAUUCUGAACAAGAGUGGAGAUGUUACAGUUAGGCCAAAUCAAACACGUCUCGGGAUUGUGCAGACAGCUUAUGCAAAUGGCGCAUCCACUAGUUACCUAAAGCAAUUGGGCCUAGAAGUUGUGUUCACUCCUACUGGUGUCAAACACUUGCAUGAGAAAGCUGCUGAAUACGAUAUUGGGAUCUAUUUUGAGGCAAAUGGGCAUGGAACUGUCUUGUUUUCUGAAGCUUACUUGUGCUAUUUAGAGGAUAUAAGCAGUAAUUUAUCAUUAACUUCAACAGAGAAACAAAAGGUGGCUUCAAGACUUUUGGCUGUAAGUAAAUUGAUCAAUCAGGCAGUAGGGGAUGCCCUCAGUGGGCUGCUUUUGGUGGAAGCCAUCUUACAGCAUUUGGGGUGGUCUAUCCAAAGGUGGAAUGAGCUUUACCAUGACUUACCCAGCAGACAACUUAAGGUAAAGGUGCUUGACAGAGCAGCAGUUGUCACGGCGAAUGCGGAAACUGUAGUUGUCAAACCCAGUGGAAUUCAAGAAGCCAUUAAUGCUGAAAUUGCCAAAUACCACAAAGGGAGAUGUUUCAUACGGCCUUCUGGAACAGAAGAUGUGGUUAGAGUAUAUGCUGAAGCAAGCACCCAAGAAGCAGCAGAUGGUCUAGCUUAUUCAGUGGCGAAAUUGGCGGAUCAGUUCCUUGGGUCUACCAAUUCUUAGUCAAUUCUGGAUUGUGCCUUUUUCACUAAAUCCAUUCAUACCUUCCCAGGAUCGCUUACUACUCUCUAGAUGUUGGAUACUGGACCUACUUGGCUAUGCAAAUGAGACAUUUAUACACUCGCUAAACAUUUUGGUCGCUUCUUCCCUGCAUUUCUACAUCAGUUUAAACUGGAUUCUUGUAAUUGAGAAAAAUCUGAAGUAUAGCAGCAUUGUACUAGAUUCUGGGUUGGAAGAUGCAGUUUUUCAGCCUCUGCAGUGGAGAGCAGUAUUCUGACUGCCAAAAUAAAUGAUUCUUCAGCUCA